ACAUCAAACACAGAAUGAUAAUUGCAAUUUGUGGGAAAACAAGAAAAUGAUGAACAGACCCAAAGUCUCAAUAAAGGGUGGCAAAUAGAAUUGGAGAUACGUACAAUCGUACUCUUCUUUUCUCUUCUCAGCGUUUCCGAUCUUGGCAUAUAAUCAGAGUACAUCAACCGAAUCAGAUAUUGGAAGAAAGUUCUUCUUACAUGCAUUAGAUUUCUCUUUGUUAUAAACAAGAAAGAAAGAAGAAGAUGUUUCCGACCAAUUUUACAUAUGUUCAGCCUAAUUCUGCUGCUUCUGAAGGAUCCUCAGAUUUGGAUCAUAGGGAUGAGAUGGACACAGAGUCUCAUACAUAUGACGGAGUUCGAAAAGUCACAGGUAAAUCAAUCUAUAUAGCUGAAGUACGUGACAAUGAUGAAACCAAGGGCGAGCAAUUAAUACAUCUUGGUAAAUUUGACAAAGACGUAAAUGCAGCAAGAGCUCAUGAUAUGGUGGCUCUGAAACUUGGGGGAUCCGGUGUAAAAACAAACUUUCCAGAAACUCAAUACAAGUCAGCACUGGAGGCUAUGACUGAUAUGUCAAAAACCGAAGUUGUGGAUUCUGUCAGAAUGUUGAGUUUCACUUUUACCAGGGCCAUCUCCAUUUAUCGUGGAGUCUCCAGAGAUUUCUCUACUGGGAAAUGGCAAGCUGAUCUUGAUGAAGGCAACGACAAUCGCAUCUUCCUUGGAUUAUUCGAAUCAGAAGAGGAAGCAGCUAGGGCUUAUGAUAUUGAGAGCAUAAAGUUGAAAGGGCUCAAAGCCAUUACUAAUUUCAGUAUCAGGUUUUAUAACGUUGAUGCCAUUUUGCUUGGAGAGACUGAUCCUGAAAAAGUGAUGUAUCAGCCACAAUUCACUGUCCCUUUGGAAGCAAUGCAGGCUUUUGAUGAAGUGCUUUAUAACAUCACUGGCCAAGGGAAUGUGAACAGGGAGGGAGUGCAAGAAUUUCAAAUGUCAACAGUGUCAGGAAACACAGAAGAACAUGCAAAUUCUACAAAUGUACCCUUACAAAGAGAAACUGAUUCUACAAAUGUGGUGAAUGGAAGUGAAGAGGGAAGCACGCCCAGGGAAAAGUUCGAAGCUUAUAUGAAAUUCAUCAAGAGACAAACUUGAAGUUGAUUAUGUUAGUGGACAAGUUCAGAAUUGAGAUUGUGAUUCGCUGUCAAAACAUUUGUUGUCGUUUGUGGAAGUUAAACUUUAAUAGCACACUAUAGUAGUGCAGUAUCUUCUAAGAACUUGCUUGCAUGCAUGGCAUGCUAUUUUUAUGUUUUAUGUUUGGCUUGAACAUUAUAC